AUCUGUCCAAUAUGUGCUGCCUUGCCAGGAGGGGACCCUAACCACGUCACGGAUGACUUCACAGCUCACCUCACACUUGAACACAGAGCACCAAGAGAUUUAGAUGAGUCCAGCAGUGUUCGACAUGUACGCCGGAUGUUCCACCCUGGACGAGGACUGGGCGGUCCCAGAGCACGACGGACAAAUAUGCACUUUACUAGCGGUUCCACAGGGGGACUAUCAUCCUCCUCAUCACAAAGCUCCACUUACACCCCCAGUAACCGAGAAGCAAUGGACCCAAUCGCAGAGUUGUUGUCUCAGCUGUCAGGUGUGCGGCGUGCAGCAGGGGGGCAAAUAAACUCAUCAGGGCCUUCAGCCUCCCAACUCCAGCAGCUCCAGAUGCAACUGCAGUUGGAGCGGCAGCAGGCUCAGGCCGCGCGGCAGCAAGUGGAGACGGGUCGCCACGCGACACGACGCAGCAACAACCCAGGCAACACUGGCAACAGCAUCCCUCCACCAAGCACAGUAACUGCCAACACUGCCACUGUGGGUGAAAGCAAUCCCUCAUCCUCGUCCCACAACUCCCAGUUCCUAUUAGCACGGUUGAAUGAACCUAAGAUGUCUGAAGCAGAGCGUCAGUUUCUAGAAGGAGAGCGCGCGGACCGCAGCCUGUUUGUCCAGGAGCUGCUUCUGUCUACGCUGAUGCACGAAGAGAGCUCUUCUUCUGACGAGGAAGAGCGUCGAGACUUCGCCGACUUCGGAGCCAUGGGCUGCGUGGAUAUCAUGCCUUUAGAUGUGGCGCUGGAGAACCUCCAGCUUAGAGAGAGCAGCUCUACGGGGAAGGAGCCUCCGCCGCCUCCUCUUUGAUGUCCGAGCAUCAAGCAGACUGUGUCCUCUCUGCUGCAACUGUCAGUGAUGGGCAGCAAACCGCAGCAGUCCUCUCUGGCCUCACCCUCCUCUCUCCCUCCCUCCUCUAUUUUCUGAGUUUGUUUUUUUUUCCUUUUCUUUUUUUGUUUUUGUUUUGGUGAUUGUAAUUUCAGGCCUGUCACCAUUUUUGUUACAUUGUAAACAAAAAUAAAUGAGAGCAAGUGGGAUAAAUGUGCGAGUGCGCAAUAGCAACUGAGUGAGCGAGCGAAAGAAGAGAAAUAUAUAAAUAUAUAUAUAUAUAUAAGAUAUAUAUGAAGUUGAUAAUCAAUCCACAUAACUUUUCUUUUCUUUAUCAGGUAAAUGUUACAGGCAGCUGUGGCAGACCUUUGCUUCCUGUGACAUGCAAAUGGCUCUCCGUAUAAAUACUCCACAUUCAAAAGUCAAGAGGGCAUAGGCUCCUCUGAUCAAGCUGCUGUGUGUGUUUAUGACUAUUAAUAAAUAAAAAAGUGCUUGGAUGGGUUACCAUAACUACUGCAUGCAGUUAUUUGCAGCGUGCAUGACUUUUAAUGACCUUGUCAUUAAAACCUUUUUUUUUUUUUUUAAAUAUCCCAAAGCUUUCAACUGUUUUUAAAUUUCAAACACAGUUAACUAUUGAAAAUUGAGUAGUUUACAAAACUGACAUGCAGAAAUUCAACUCUAACAAUCGAAUAUUUUGUUAGGUUUUCUUUGAAUGAGCAUAUAUGAUGAAGAGAAAACGAUUGGAUUCAGCAGUAGCUUCAGAAGAAAUGCUGCACUGUGUCUCUCAGCUCCAGAACGCCUUUUUCUCUCCGACUGUCUGAAUACGUCGGUCGCUGUGCUCACGGCAGCGGCGCUGCGACUACAAGCAUCCGAUGAAUACUAGGAACAGAAGAAAAGUUUUUCCUAGAUGUUAAUGUUUAGUGAUAAGCUGUUUAGGCACAGUAUACUUUAUAAUUUAUAGAUAAGUACAGAUGCCCGACUACAGUAUGUCCAUUGCUCUUUCACACUAGUUUCUGGCAUUCCCUCUGCUUAUGUACAGGCCCAGUGUCAGACCACAUGCUUUAGAUGGCUUGUAUGAAUUUCUUUGCUAGGUAACCGGAGCUUGAGCCUUUCCACACUGCAGUUUUGUUUUGUUUUUGUUUGUUUUUUUAGGAGAAGGCAUUCUUAUUUUAUUUUUUUCUGCUAAGAUUAGCACUUUCUAUUUAUUCAUGUUUGUUUUCUGAUUCUUUUGAGCCUUGAUAUGAAUCAUGCCACCUUCAUGCCUAUACUUUUACCCUCUAUGUAAAAUACAAUGAGAUGUAUAUUGAAUUUGUGCGUUAACUUUCAUAAUGGUUCUAAGACAUGGGCAGACAUUUUUUUAAAUGUAAAUUUAGAAUACAAUAAAUAUAAACUGCGCACAGCUUUUGAUGAAACCAAGAGACCGUCA